UUGUUAACCUUUGGCUGCUGGACGUUCAGACACUUCGAUAGCUGCAGAGGAACAGUUUUGUUUUUAUAAAAGUUAUUGUUUUUAUAAAAAUAAAUCUGUUUAUUUUGCCAUCGGAAAUGUAUCAACUAUUAAAGAGUAAAGAGUGCUAAAAUCAUGUUAAUUAAUUUGAAUAUGUUUAAAUUCUUGUAACUAAAAUAGGUGUUCUUGUGACAGUUCUUUUAUCGUCUGCUAUGCUUACUAGCUCUGAAUUAUUUAAAACAUUCUAUGGUGUCAACUGACCCUUCUUUAUUUAAAUUUUUACGGCUUUUAUCUUAGAAAUUAGAAUUUUCAAUCUUUGUAACAAAUGUAUUUCAAAUAUUGUUUAUGCAAGCUUUAUUUAUAACUGAUUGGCAAGUUUCAUUUGAAAGAACUAGACAUUUUCUGGUUUAACGUCCAUUUUUCUGCCAGCAUUAUUUAAAGAUUUUUAAGGGGCCUGCAGAAUAGAGCAAUAUGACGAGGAAAAAUAAAAUACAAGUAGGGGAAGAUUUUCGUAUUGCUGUUCAUAUCGCAAUAAAAAAUUUCCGUCAUAAUGAAGAACAGAAAGAAUAUGAGUUUCCAUCUUCCUUAACUUCAACUGAAAGAGCAUACUUACAUCGAUAUUGUCAGCAGCUGGGUUUAAAAUCGAAGAGCAGAGGUGAAGGAGCUAACAGAUUUUUGACUGUGUACAAAAAGGAAGGUUCAACAAUUGUACAAGCUGAUGCCGUCUUUGAGCUGGGCCAUGCAUCUCACAGACAAACAGUCAAUCUGAUUCAGAAGUUUCCUAUUACUGCAAGAGAAAGACAAGAGCUCUUACCUCCAACAGAAAGAGAUCGUAUUUUAGGCCAAGACAUGCGGGAUGUAAGUCGCACCAUAGGCAGGCUUGGUAGUGGAAUUCCAAUGGUGCCACAGCAUAGAUGUGAAAAUGACUUCACUCCAUUUCGUCAAAGUUUGCCUAUAUGGAACAGCAAAGAAGAAAUAAUUCAAAUGAUAUCUUGCCAUCAAGUGAUUUUAAUUUCUGGUGAAACUGGCAGUGGCAAAACAACUCAGGUACCACAGUUUAUCCUAGAUCAUCAUAGCAUUAUUGGUCAGCCUUGUCGUAUUAUAUGCACUCAGCCACGCAGAAUAGCUGCUAUAACUGUUGCUGAACGGGUUGCCAUGGAACGGGAUGAUAAAAUUGGGCAAAGUGUAGGGUAUCAAGUACGGUUAGAGAGCAGAGUAUCACCAAAGACACUUCUUACUUUCUGUACAAAUGGUGUGCUUCUGCGAACUCUUAUGGGUGGUGAUGCUUCAGUUGCUACAGUAACACAUAUCAUUGUGGAUGAACUUCAUGAAAGGGAUCGCUACAGUGAUUUUUUGCUUAUUGUGCUGCGAGAUUUACUUCUGAAGUUUAGAAACCUGAAACUUGUACUAAUGUCUGCUUCACUAGAUACUCAAUUAUUUUGCAAAUAUUUCAGCAACUGUCCUCUGAUUGAAGUUCCUGGGAGAGUUUAUGAUGUGAAAACAUUUUUCCUUGAAGAUGUACUUAAGGGAACAUGUUACACAAACAAGGCUAUGAUCAAAUAUAAAAAAGAUUUUGAGAAGCAAAAAUCAAGGAAAAAAUUAGAUUCUUGGUGUUCAGUUCAACAACCUGGAUAUGCUGCUUCCUCUUCUAAUGCACCAUCUCAAGGAACAGAAAAUAGUAACUAUUAUCAGGAUAUUAAUAUAGAUGAGCUUUCAUUGAACUGCAGUGAAAUUGAAGGAGAAAGAGUAGAGUUAGAUCCUCAUUUAGCUGUUGCUAUGGACAAAGCUAUAGAAGAAAGCUGGAUGUCUGGAACAGAUGAUUUUACACAUUUAAUGCAACUUAUUUUGUCAGAAAACAUUUGUGUUGACUAUCAGCAUAGUGAAACAAAUGUUAGUCCAUUAAUGCUAGCUGCAGGUAGAGGAAAUAUUGAUGUAGUUGAGCAAUUAUUAGUCCUGGGGGCUAGUGUCCAUAUCAAAUCUUCAAAUGGUUGGACAGCAAUUGAUUGGGCAUAUCAGUUUGGACAUAAAGAUAUUGGAGAGUUAUUAAGAAGCCAAUGGAAUGGUGAUACUUGCUCUCAGAAUGGAACAAAUUCUGUAGAUGGGCAACUAGAACUUUCUGAAGAAGAUAAAUUGCUACUAGAUGCUUAUACUCAUAGUAUUGAUGAAGAUAAAAUUGAUUAUGAAUUAAUAGUUCGACUUCUGCAACGAAUAUGUGCUAGUCAAGAAGAUGGUUCUGUGCUGAUAUUUUUGCCAGGAUAUGAUGAUAUUGUUCGGUUACGAGAAAGAAUUCACAGUGAAACUCAAAACAUACCAGAAAGCAGAAUUAUGUUGUUUACUCUUCAUUCACAAAUGCAAAGUUCAGAUCAGAAGCGUGUUUUCAGACCUGUUCCUCCCGGUGUUAGAAAAGUUAUUUUAUCUACAAAUAUAGCUGAAACUAGCAUUACCAUUAAUGAUGUUGUGUUUGUAAUAGAUUGUGGAAAAGUGAAGGAGAAAACAUAUGAUGCUUUAACUGGUGUCACUCAAUUGAAAUCAGGUUGGAUAUCAAAAGCAAGUGCCAUACAGAGAAGAGGCAGAGCUGGUCGUUGUCGACCAGGCUUGUGUUAUCAUUUAUACAGUCGACUGCGUUUCAACAAUUUUCAGAAAUUUCAAGUUCCUGAAAUUCUCAGAGUUCCUAUUCAUGAAUUAUGUUUGCAGGCAAAACUUCUUGCUCCACCUAAUGCACCAAUAGCUGACUUCUUGGCAAAGGCACCUGAUCCUCCACCUUUUAUGGUUACUAGAAAUGCAGUAACUUUACUGAAGACCAUUGAUGCUCUUGAUCCUUGGGAAGAAUUAACAGAACUGGGAUUACAUCUGCUUGAUUUGCCAAUUGAACCAAGGCUUGGAAAAAUGGUGUUAUAUUCUGUAGUUCUAAAGUGUUUGGAUCCUGUACUUACUAUUGUUUGUUGUUUGGCAUACCGUGAUCCAUUUCUUUUACCAUCUGAACCUGGCCAGAAAAGAGCGGCAUAUAUGGUUAAGAGGAAAUUUGCUUGUGACACUUACAGUGAUCAUAUGGCAUUACUGAGAGCGUUUCAGGCAUGGCAGAAGGCCAAAGCUGAAGGCCAUGAACAUAGCUUUUGCUCUAGAAACUUUCUUUCUGCUGCUACAAUGGAAAUGAUAGUCGGCAUGAGGUCACAGUUAUUAGGGCAGCUCAGGGCAUCUGGAUUUGUAAAAGCCCGUGGAACAGGCGAUAUCCGUGACUUAAAUAGCAAUUCUGAAAUAUGGGCUGUUGUUAAAGCAGCACUUUGUGCUGGAACAUAUCCUAACUUAAUAAGAGUUGACAGAGAUCGUCAACAAUUUAUAACGCAGAAAGAGACUAAAGUUAGAUUUCAUCAUUCAUCUGUUUUGAACAAGUUACCACUAUCAUCCAAGCAAACUGUGGCUCACAUGCGUAAACAAAUAGUUGCUGAGUUGCCUUGUGAUUGGUUAAUAUAUGAAGAAAUGAUGCGUACUGGCAGUAUAGCACACGCUCAGUGCUGUACUCUUGUCACACCUAUAACUGUUGCUAUAUUUUCUGGUCCAGCUCGUCUACCUUUGGAUGCACUGCAUGAACCUGAUCAAGCUCAUCUAGAAGGCUACAUGGAAGAAGAGGACAGUGAAGAUGAUUCAAAAUAUGACAACCAAAAGGCUAUGUUUAAAAUAGAUGACUGGAUAUCAUUCCGAGUUGAACCAGAGAUUGCUCGUUUAGUGCUUCAGUUACGUCAAAAAUGGCAUGCAUUAUUUUUAAAACGAAUGCAUUCACCUUCUAAAUUACUUACUCAAGCUGAUGAGGCUGUUUUACGCACUGUAGUAGGUGUUUUAAUUGCUGAAGAUCAAGCACUUAAUCUUCAGCAACCAUCUGGAAUUGGACAGCGUCCUCGGCCCUUGGUGAUGGAUUACUGUUCUCCAGUUCAUAUGGGUAGACAGAUGCAAAGUAGCCCAAUUCACAGUACUAGCUUUUAUAAUUCUUCAGCUGCAUACAGCAAUCCAGGGUUUUCAUGCUUCUCAGAUGAACAAUCUGGCAUUUCACGAUCUUGUUCAUCUGCUUCCAGUUAUAAUGCUGCAUACAGCAACUGCAGUUCACGCACAAGUUCAAUAUCUCAAGCAUUUAAUAGCCAUUCAAAACUAGAAUUUUCUCAGUCUCAUAUUGGAAAUUCCAGAAUCCGAUACUUCAUAAUAAAAGCCAAUACCUCAAGAGUUGUUGAAGUAUCUAUGGCAAAAAAUAUUUGGGCUUUUACACCAACCACUGAAAGGAAGCUCAUAUCAGCAAUAAAGGAGGGAAGGGAUGUAAUCCUGAUAUUUUCCAUACAAGGAAGUGGACAUUUUCAAGGAUUUGCACGAUUUACUCCUCACAUUUCAGAUCAUCGUCCUCCAGAAUUUCGUUCAGCCAAUCUUGGGUCAUGUUACCAAAUUGAGUGGCUUAAAAAGGCAAACAUACCUUUCCAAAGCACUCGUCAUUUGCAAAAUGCAUGGAAUGAAAACAGGAAAGUCCAGAUCUCCCGAGAUGGCCAGGAGCUAGAACCAACUGUUGGUGAAUCAUUGUGCCAGCUUAUUGUUAAAGGUCAGCCUCAGCCAAUUUUUACAUCUGACUGCAUAAAAACAAAUCGAAGGCAUUUAGGUUAUUGUAGAGAAAAUUUUACUAAUGAUUCAAAUCCAGUAAGCAGAAAUCAAAUGCAAUGGGAUCCUCAAAAUCAGGUUUCAGCUUCAUGGUAUGAUUCAUCUUGUUCAGCAGGCCAAAAAUAUUGGUCCCAAUCAAAUAAUUAACUUGAAAGUAUUUAUAAAUUAUAAGUGGUUACAAAUUACUAUUUUUUGAUUAAAACUUUUUGCUCUUAGCGGUGUUUAAGUAAUUGCAGAUUUUAGAUUAUAUUCUAAAUUAAUAACCUCUAAGAGAAAACUUUCUUCAUUUUUUAAAUAUUUCUGCUCAUUUCAAGAAUAAAAUUUUGAUGUUAGUUCAAGCAUAAGCUAUGUUUAGGCAAAAAAACACCAGAAUGUUUAACAAUGCUUGUCUUUUAUAGAAACAUCGAAAUUUUUUCAAAAAUAUUUUCAUUUGACAAUUAUUAUGUUAUUCAAUUUAAAACAAUCAGCUACCAUGGUGAAAGACCCAUAAUUAAAAAAAUAGUAUAUUUUAAGUAAGCAUUUUGAUUUACUUAUAGAAACAUGACAUUUUGAUUAACUUUAUAAGUAUUUUGUGUUAUAAAACAAUAAAGAUGAUGUGAAAGUUUUUAGUAAUUUUGAAAUUAAGGAAAACAAAUUUUACUUCUUAAGGUUAUUGAUAAAUUUUUCGUAUUGUUAAAGAUUAAAAUGAUGUAUUUAUUUUAGUAUUAGUCUUUUUGAUUAAUUAAUUAAUCUCUGAAUAUGCAUGAAACAUAAGUUUACUGACUAUAAUAAUAUGAAUCAUAUGGUUUUUUCCCUCUGAUAGCAUUGAUAGAGCAUGUAUAUAUAUGUUGAAAAUACAAUGAGUUUUAUAACCUUAAUAAAUAUUUUUCCAUUUUUAUGGCACUUUUUUCCAUUGAUAUUUGAACCACUGAUUAACGAAGCACAUAUUAUGUUGUGUUGCUAUUUUCUGAUGCAUAAUAGAUUUAAAAUUGUGAUUGAAAAAUACAAUUUCUUUAUAAGCUACUACAAUUGUUUAAGAAUAAUCUAAUUCUCUUAUGUAAUGUAAAGUUACUAGCUUGAUAUAUAAAUAAAUAUUACAUCUUUUGAUUAACA